UGUCUACCUAGCCUGCCAUUUCUGGAUUUUUCAGUGUUUACCUACCUGCUUUAGAAAGCCCAUCGUUUGCCUAUGCAGAUCAGGAGCUCAGCAUUUGUCUCUGGAAGCCACUGAAGCGUUUUCCCUGCCUAUAAAGCAUGAUGGUUCCUGAAAUAACAGGGAGCACCAUGUGAGGAGAAGCUCCAAAAGGCAGAAAGGAGGCAGAGGAAGAGAAGAGAGGGGGAGGUGAAAUGCCAAAAUGUCAGUGCUUACUCCUAUCCUGACACCUCCUGAGGUGAAGAAGUACAUGACUGAAGGUGAACGCUUUAUUAAGUGGGAUGAUGAAUCUGCAAAUGCACACCCUGUCAUUCUACGGGUGGACCCAAAGGGAUUUUAUCUGUAUUGGACUUUUCAAAGUAAGGAGAUUGAAUUUUUGGAUAUUACAAGCAUCCGAGAUACUAGAGUGGGGAAAUUUGCAAAGAUUCCUAAAAAUCACAAACUCCGAGAAGUUUUCAACUUGGAUUUUCCAAACAACAAUUUUCUUCACAAGAUAUUGACUGUGGUUUCUGGUCCUGAUAUGGUGGACCUCACAUUUCACAAUUUUGUUUCUUAUAAAGAAAAUGUUGGCAAGAACUGGGCAGAUGAUAUGAUGGACUUCGUUCGGAACCCCUUUAUAUACAAUGCUUCCCGUUACACUUUCCUGGAGAAAAUUCUGGUGAAACUGAAGCUGCAACUGAAUGCUGAGGGGAAAAUUCCUGUCAAGAAUAUUUUUCAAAUGUUUCCCGCAGACAGAAAAAGGGUAGAAGCAGCAUUAAGUGCCUGUCAUCUUCCACAGGGGAAGAAUGAUGGUAUCAACCCAGAAGACUUUCCUGAAAAAGUGUAUAAAACAUUCCUGAUAAAUCUGUGUCCUCGGCCGGAUAUUGAUGAAAUAUUUACCUCACACCAUUCCAAAGCCAAGCCAUACAUGACGAAAGAUCACUUGACAAAAUUUAUCAACAAGAAACAGCGAAAUUCCCACCUCAAUGACACACUUUUUCCUCCUGCCAAACCAGAUAGAGUACAGGGACUCAUAGAAAAAUAUGAGCCUAGUGGGAUGAAUAUUCAAAGAGGGCAGCUGUCUCCUGAGGGAAUGGUUUGGUUCCUGUGUGGUCCUGAAAACAGCAUUAUAUCUCAGGACAAACUGUUCCUAUACCAAGAUAUGAACCAGCCACUCUCCCACUAUUUCAUCAACUCAUCCCACAACACUUACCUAACAGCUGGACAGUUUUCUGGAAUUUCAUCUCCUGAAAUGUAUCGCCAAACUCUCUUGGCUGGUUGUCGUUGUGUGGAACUUGAUUGCUGGAAGGGACGUCCUCCAGAUGAGGAACCAAUCAUCACCCAUGGGUACACUAUGACAACUGAAAUACUGUUCAAGGAUGCACUUGAGGCUAUUGCGGAAAGCGCUUUUAAAAUUUCUCCCUACCCAGUAAUCCUGUCUUUUGAGAACCAUGUGGAUUUGCCUAAGCAGCAGGCAAAGAUGGCUGAGUACUGUAGAACCAUCUUUGGGGACAUGUUGUUGACUGAACCCUUGGAAAAAUAUCCACUAAAACCAGGGGUGCCAUUGCCAAGUCCUCAGGAUCUCAUGGGGAAGAUCUUGAUUAAGAAUAAGAAGAACCAAUUUAUGCCUGGGGAGAACCAAGAUGCCCUGAAGAAGAGGAAGAGUUUGGAGGAUGAAGUCACAGACCAACCCAUACCUACAGAAAAGGAUAGCACAGUCAAGCCAGUUGAGGAGGGUGAAAAAGUUCCUGAAACGGAGAGAAAUCUGGAAAACCUAAACGAGGAAGAGAUUAAAAAGCUACAGUCCGAUGAGGGAACUGCAGGUCUGGAAGUGACAGCCUAUGAAGAAAUGUCCAGUCUGGUGAAUUACAUUCAACCCAUCAAAUUUGAGAGUUUUGAAAUUUCAGCACGCUACCAUCAUGUCUGCCUUCGUAGUGAGAGCAAUCGGCCUCUUACAAUGCCCUCUCUAUUUGUCUAUGUGGAGAUGAAAGAUUACGUUCCUGAUUCAUGGGCAGAUCUCACCAUGGCUUUAUCCAAUCCAAUAAAGUUUUUUACUGCACAUGAUAAAAAGAUGAAGAAUGCAGAUGCUAAUAAUGAGAAAUCCAUAUUGGAAAAGAAACUUUCAAUCAAUGGGAUACCAAACAUCCUGGGAAGCUAUUGCACUCCUUCAAAUGGCCCUGCAGGAACCUUGAUUACACUGAAGGACGGGACCAUGAAAGAAACUGCAAAAUUAAUUACAGAGCCACAGACAGCCACCAUUGAAGAGAUACAGCAGAUGAAAACUUUUGGGAAGCUCUUGAAAAAGCAAGAAAAGGAACUAAAGGAGUUGGAGCGGAAGAUGACAAAGCGCAAGGAAGAACUAUUACAGAAAUACGCUGCUUUUUUCACUGAGGUGGUCAGCCAGCUUGGCAGAAAUGAAAUGUCAUGCCCAUCAAGAACUCCACGAAGAAAAAGUUGCAGGAUAGUUUUGGAUGAAAGCAGCACAAAGGGAAAUGCUGCAGAGUUGACAGAGAAUGCUGAUAAUAAAAUGAUGGAGCUAAAAGAGAAAUUGGAGGAAGAAUUACUCCACCUGGGAGAAGAACAGUAUGAUGCAAUCUGGAAGAAGAAAGAUCAGCAUGCCAUAGAGAAAGUUGCUAAAAUGUUACAGCUUGCAAGAGAGAAGCAAGCAUCUGAGCUGAAGGCACUAAAGGAAUCUUGGGAAAGCAACACUAAAGAAAUGAAAAAGAAAUUAGAGGUGAAGAGACUGGACAAAAUCCAAGCUGUGGCCAAGAAUACUGAUAAGAGUGCUCAGGAAAGGUUAAAAAGAGAAAUCAAUAAUUCACAUAUUCAGGAAGUUGUAAAAGCAGUCAAGCAGAUGAAUGCGAAACAGUCAAGGCACCAACAAGUCUUGGAAGCAAAGCAGUCAACCUGCCUAGGAAAAAUCAAGGAAAAAGAAAGCCAGCUCCAGCAGGAAGCAUUCACAGAGUAUGAAAACAAGAUGAAAACUAUCAGUGCAGAAGUGCAAGAUUCAGUGAAGAACUGCAUGAAAGUCUGUUACCCUUCGGAAGCUGACACGGCAAAGAGAGAGGCCCCUGGAGCUGCCGGUGAGGGAGAUCAAAGGCCAUGUGGGAACCUGGUGACUCCUGAGACUCUAAGAUAUGCCACUGAGGUGGUGAAGGAGGAAGUUAUCAUGGAUGAAGAAUCCAGCAGAUUGUAAGACUCAGUGGAAGUCUUAUUUUAAAGUUCCUAUAUUUUAAAAGUAAAUCUCAUUUUGUUUC